CAAAUCUCCAAACUCUCCAAACACUAAAGUAGAUUCAGUAAUCGGUAAGUGUAAGUAACAAUGGAAGCCACCGGAAAAGUGAAGAAAGCUUUCGGAGGAAGAAAAGCCGGCGGUCCAAAGGCCAAAUCAGUUUCGAAAUCGAUCAAAGCCGGUCUCCAGUUCCCGGUGGGAAGAAUCACCCGUUUCCUGAAGAAAGGUCGUUACGCUCAGAGGCUCGGUGGUGGUGCUCCUGUUUACAUGGCCGCCGUUCUCGAAUACCUCGCCGCCGAAGUUUUGGAGCUUGCUGGUAACGCAGCGAGAGAUAACAAGAAGACGAGGAUCAUACCGAGGCAUCUUCUUCUUGCGAUAAGGAACGAUGAAGAAUUGGGAAGGCUUCUGAGUGGAGUCACCAUUGCUCACGGUGGUGUUCUGCCCAACAUUAACUCCGUUCUUCUACCUAAGAAGACGGCUUCUACUAAAUCAUCUGAGGAAAAGGUCUCCAAAUCACCAGUCAAGUCUCCCAAGAAAGCUUAAUGCAUUCACGAAAAACGUGAUCUUAGUUUUCUUAAUGUUUGUGUUGUGCUGCUUUUGGUGGAUAUAGUUUUAAAUUCAAGCUUACUACAGUCUUAGUUUUUAUGUAUUUGGUCUUUAGAUGGUUGUUCAGAAUCCUUUUCUUAAUCAUAAGAUUUUAUGAUAGAUUC